GUGGAGGGCAGACUGUACGCCCAAGAUGCGUACAGUCCGCCGUAAUUUUAAACGAAGAAGAAGAAGACUUCCGGUGUAGCGACAGACCACAUCAGACGACCGUCAGACGCAGUUCAGCUCGACCAGAUUUUGCACCGUAAGGGAGGAUGGCCGGGACCGUGACAAAUCCAUUCCAGCAUAUAGUGGACCUUCUGGAUCCCAAAAUUGCAAAUCAGAUGUUCUACAACCUCUCCAAACUGGAAGAUCCCCGAUAUGACCGCUUGCCAUUCUCCAUACGGAUUCUCUUGGAGUCCGCCGUCAGGAACUGCGAUGGCUUUCUGGUGAAGAAGUCCGAUGUGGAGAAUAUCCUCAACUGGAAGCAGACACAGACGCAGACGAUGGAGAUCCCAUUCAAGCCGGCACGUGUGAUACUGCAGGACUUCACCGGAGUACCUGCCAUGGUGGACUUUGCCGCCAUGCGUGACGCUGUGAUUAAACUGGGUGGCAACCCAGAGAAGAUUAACCCUGUCUGCCCUGCUGACCUUGUCAUCGACCAUUCCGUUCAAGUGGACUUUAACAAAAAGUCUGAUAGCCUUCAAAAAAACCAGAACUUGGAGUUUGAACGCAACAAAGAGAGAUUCCAGUUCCUUAAGUGGGGCUCCCAAGCCUUCAGGAACAUGCGUAUCAUUCCGCCCGGUUCCGGAAUUGUUCACCAGGUCAACUUGGAGUACUUGGCCCAAGUGGUGUUCAACCUCAAUGGGUAUUUUUACCCGGAUAGCCUAGUGGGCACAGAUUCCCAUACCACCAUGAUCGACGGCCUUGGUGUUCUGGGUUGGGGUGUGGGUGGAAUCGAAGCAGAGGCGGUGAUGCUUGGUCAACCAAUCAGUAUGGUUCUUCCUGAGGUCGUUGGAUAUAAGUUGUACGGAACCCCGGAAAAGUUCAUUACCUCUACAGACAUUGUCCUCACCGUUACAAAGCACCUCCGCGAAGUGGGCGUCGUGGGAAAGUUUGUGGAAUUUUUCGGGCCGAGCGUGGAGCAGCUGUCCAUCGCAGACAGAGCAACCAUCUCCAACAUGUGUCCAGAGUACGGAGCGACUGCUGCGUUCUUUCCGGUAGAUAAUGUGAGCAUCGAGUACCUCAAGCAGACAGGGCGAGAACCAGAAAAGCUGUCCUACAUCUCAAAGUAUUUGAAGGCAGUGUCCAUGUUCCGAGAUUACAGUAAUGUCGCGCAAGAUCCGGAUUUCAGUCAGGUUGUCGAGUUGGACCUUGGUACUGUGGUUCCCUGCUGCAGUGGCCCAAAAAGACCUCAGGACAGAAUUGCUCUUUCAGACAUGAAAAAAGACUUUGAAACCUGCCUGGCAGCAAAGCAAGGUUUCAAGGGUUUUGCCAUAUCCUCUGACUCCCAAAGCAAAACGGUUCCAUUCCAGUUCAACGGCAAAGAGUACACAUUAAGUCACGGCUCAGUGGUUAUUGCGGCUAUCACCAGCUGCACAAACACCAGCAACCCGUCCGUCAUGCUUGGAGCAGGACUCCUGGCUAAAAAGGCAAUAGAGAAUGGUUUAAGUGUGAAGCCUUACAUAAAGACAAGUCUUUCACCCGGCAGUGGAGUGGUAACGUCCUACCUAAAGGAGAGUGGCGUAAUGGACUACCUCUUUCAGUUGGGCUUUGAGGUUGUCGGCUACGGUUGCAUGACAUGUAUAGGAAACAGUGGGCCUCUCCCUGAGCCAGUUGUGGAGGCCAUCACCCAGGGAGAUUUGGUUGCUGCAGGUGUUCUCUCGGGCAACCGCAACUUUGAGGGACGCGUUCACCCCAACACCAGAGCCAACUACCUUGCGUCGCCUCCACUCGUCAUUGCUUAUGCAAUAGCCGGGACUGUUAAGAUCGACUUCGAGACAGAACCUAUCGGAAUUAACGCCGACGGUAGAGAGAUCUUCCUGAGGGAUAUUUGGCCCACACGAGAGGAGAUCCAGCAUGAAGAGAAAAGAUUUGUCAUUCCUUCCAUGUUUAGAGAGGUCUACCAGAAAAUCGAGAAAGUAAACGAACGCUGGAACUCGUUGGUGGCGCCAUCCGACAAUCUAUAUCCCUGGGACCCGACCUCGACUUACAUUAAGUCCCCGCCCUUCUUUGACAAUUUGACCAUGCAGUUAAACCCUCCUAAGUCCAUAAACGGUGCCUACGUGCUGCUAAACUUUGGCGAUUCAGUCACCACGGACCAUAUUUCCCCUGCCGGUAACAUCACCAGAAACAGUGCUGCUGCACGAUACCUGUCAAGCAGAGGUGUCACCCCACGUGACUUCAACUCAUACGGGUCGCGUCGAGGUAACGACGCUGUCAUGGCCAGGGGAACCUUCGCCAACAUCCGUCUGUUCAACAAAUUCCUCAACAAGCAGGCGCCAAAAACAGUUUACCUGCCAACCGGAGAAACGAUGGAUGUGUUUGACGCAGCGGACCGAUACAGCCAGUUGGGAGUUCCUCUAAUGAUUCUUACCGGGAAGGAGUAUGGUUCCGGAAGCUCAAGAGACUGGGCAGCAAAAGGUCCAUUAUUACUGGGCAUAAAGGCAGUUCUUGCCGAGAGCUACGAGCGCAUUCACCGGAGUAAUCUGGUGGGGAUGGGAAUCAUCCCGCUGGAGUAUUUACCGGGAGACACCGCCGACAGUCUGGGCUUGACUGGAAGAGAGCGCUACAGCGUCUCUAUACCCGAGCAGAUCACCACCAGGAUGAUCGUCGUCGUGACGCUCGACACGGGGAAAACAUUCCAGGUACGCAUGAGAUUCGACACGGAUGUGGAAGUGGCCUAUUUCCACCACGGGGGGAUCCUGAACUACAUGAUCCGCAAGAUGUCGGAAUGAGAGCAAGUGCAUGCAUGUGUUGAUGGAAAAAAAGAAUCCACCAAAUUUUAACUCAAAAAUGUCUAGUUCCAUUAAAUUGUUGCUUCUCCUCCUAAA